CCUCUUCGAGCUCCCCGGCAAGUAGGCAAACAUGGCAGAAAGAGGGUACAGCUUCUCACUGACAACAUUCAGCCCGUCUGGCAAGCUGGUCCAGAUUGAAUACGCCCUUGCAGCUGUAGCCGCAGGUGCCCCAUCUGUUGGAAUAAAAGCUGCAAAUGGAGUUGUGCUAGCAACAGAGAAGAAGCAGAAGUCCAUACUUUAUGAUGAGCAGAGUGUGCACAAGGUGGAGCCCAUAACCAAACACAUAGGGAUGGUCUACAGUGGAAUGGGCCCCGACUACAGGGUGCUGGUUCGGAGGGCCCGGAAGCUGGCUCAGCAGUAUUUCCUGGUGUACCAGGAGCCCAUUCCUACAGCGCAGCUGGUGCAGAGGGUGGCCUCAGUCAUGCAGGAGUACACACAGUCAGGAGGUGUGCGUCCUUUUGGAGUGUCGUUGCUUAUCGCCGGCUGGGAUGAAGACCGUCCCUACCUCUUCCAGUCAGACCCCUCAGGUGCGUAUUUUGCCUGGAAAGCAACAGCAAUGGGAAAGAACUACGUGAAUGGAAAGACAUUCCUUGAGAAAAGAUACAAUGAAGACCUGGAACUUGAGGAUGCGAUUCACACAGCGAUCUUGACACUGAAGGAAAGCUUCGAGGGACAGAUGACAGAGGACAACAUCGAGGUGGGCAUCUGCAACGAGGCCGGCUUCAGGAGGCUCUCUCCCGCGGAGGUCAAGGAUUACCUGGCUGCCAUUGCCUAGAAAACGUCCCGCCAGGAAAACAAGUCAGGCUUUUGUUCAGCUGUGGUUUCAGGUUUCUCCGUCUUAAAUACUGUAUUUUCAAUUGAACAUUUUUAUUUUUUGCAUUCUCACAGUCUUCGUAGGAAAAACUACCAAUA